AUGACACUGACAAGGGGAUCUUUCACUUACUCCAGUGGGGAGAAAUACAGUGGCGAGUGGAAAGAGGGAAGGCGUCAUGGAGGAGGAGAGCUGAAGUUCUCUGAUGGCACUUGUUAUAAGGGCCAAUUUGAGAAUGGAUUGUUUCAUGGUUGUGGAGUUCUGGUGUUUCCCGAUGGAUCCAGGUACGAGGGUGAAUUCGCGCAAGGGAAGUUUCAAGGAGUUGGGGUGUUCAGUCGCUUUGACGGGAUGAAGUUUGAGGGAGAGUUCAAAAACGGCCGCGUGGAAGGAUAUGGGCUGCUGACGUUCCCAGACGGAUCUCACGGCGUCCCACGGAACGAGGGGGUGUUCGAGAACAACAAGCUCCUGAAGAGAGAGAAGUGUCAAGCGGUGGUGCAAAGGGCCAAGACCUCAGCCUCAACUGCCCGUGGCCUUUCAGUAUGA